ACGGCGCAAAGAAGCACAAGCAUCAACAAAUUUUGUUUGCAUCGCAAUUUUAAUCCAAGGCAACUCUGAAUGCUGUAUUAGUGCACUGAAAUUUUCUAAAUAUAUUGUUUGGAGGAAACCUCUUCCCAUCGAAAUGGUUUUAUAAUGCCAAGAACGCGUAAUAGUGUUCCUUCCAAGCCACUGCCGUCAAAUCAGGUGCAAACUGUGGUUCAAAUAGGCAAAAGGCGCUCAGCAGUCUGUGUGGCCUUUGACGAUAAGGUGGUGAAAAAGUUAAAACAAGAACAUAAUCCUAGCGAAGAUAAAAGAUCGAGAAAGCUCAAGAAUAUUACGAACAUUGCUGAUCAGGCGGCACUCACAGGGGAUGCCGUAGUGGAAGCAAAGAAACGUAAGCUAUCGGAUGAGAGUCGCGUAUUAGCGCGAAAUUUCGGUUCGGUGACGGACGAAGCGGCUGUAAUAACCGAAGCCCAAGACAAGCUGAAGAAUGUUUUGGGAAAGCAUUACUUCGAUGCUGGUGCUCGGCUAAAUCUGGACUAUGUUCCGGGCUGUUUGCGUAAUGUUUCCAAAUGCGCGGAAUGUCAUGCUCGGCGAACCAGUCACGCUAAGAGACUAAAUCUCCGAUGGCAGCGUGAUACCAAGGAGCUCCUAGUUGAGAAUCGUCCAAUGCAAUUUUUAGGAAGCCUUGAUCAAGCUUUUCUGCGCAAUGAAUUCAUCGAUUCGGAUCUGUUUGUGGCAACGCUGGAAAUGAUUCUAACAAUCAACAAGCCAUCUUUGCAUCUCAACGCAGACUACAGCAUUCCUUCCGUACUCGAGCGGGCGGUGGAGAUCAUGGAUCGAACAGUGGAACGGUUUACACCAUGUUGGCUAGAUUUGAAAGUGUCCUAUCAGAACAUUAUUUUUGGUAGACUCGAGGAAAGUUGCUUCGCCAGAUAUGAUCUAAGCGAAGGAUUGUUCAAAGUUGUGUUUGUUCUGUUGGAACGCUGCGUUGAGAGUGAAGAGGAGAUCGAAAAAUCGGUCAGAAGCACAAGUAACGAGCGGUGGAUGGCAACAUUCCAUAUGUGGGAGGUGGAACAUAACCAGAAGUAUGACUUCGAUCUUCUGAACAGAGAUGAUCAGCUCGAGCGAUUGUUUUUGGUGUUGCAGGUUUUGGUGAAAAUUCUGGAAAUCGAUCUAGCCAUGUGGAUUCUAAGACAUCCUCACAAAACAAAGGAAAACCUGAUUAAGCCAACGCGUAGACCAUUAGUGGCCAGUCUUCUGUGGCACGAUCAUUCCAUCAUCGGCGAAGUCAACACCUUCAUAAAACGUAUUAUCAAUUUAUACGUAAAUGUGGUUGCUUUGAGUUAUCCCGAUGAAAAUAUCAAAGUUGUUUCGCGACUUCUAUCUGUUAUCGCGACGGCGAUAAAUCUGAGUGAAAUCCAAUACGAUGGCACUAUCGAUUAUCCGUGCAUUAAGGACAACACGCGCUACUUUGCGCACCAGAUAUCUCGCCAAAUAGAGGCUUCCAAUUAUUACAGUGUGUCGCUUUGGUUGCGCUCGAUACAACAAACGCGUUCAUCGCUGGUUCGGAUGCUCCUGGUCGAUGAGUUCAUUCUGAAACUGAACCACAAAUCGAAUCCACCUUCGGCUGCUUCGUACCUGAAACAUUUGACCGCUGGACGAUGGAAAACCUAUCGGUUACAUCCACCGCCCAACUUAUCUCCCAGUACUGUCCUUCGUCGUUAUCCCUUCCUAGAUGGAAAGAAACAGCGAAAGGCUUCCCAUGAAAUCAGCGCCUCCGAAUACGUCAAUUUGCUUCUAAUCGGGUUCCGUUCCUACGCGGAAGUCUUCCCACUGAGCAACUACUUCCGUAGCAUAAAGUGCAACACAGUAGUAUCCCGAUGUCACUCGAGCAGUUCAUCAGAAUCAUCUUUCCCAAUCACACCAACUCGUAGUCAGCUAAAAAAUCAUCGCUACGAUUUUGCACUGUUCGAGCUGCAUAUCCACAAACUAUCCAAGAAACGGAAACCCAAUAGGCCAAUCGUUCGCAACUCGGUAGAAGCGCGAAAUGCCAACCCAAUGGUGCUGGAAGAGAUUAACGUUACCCCAGCGCUUCUAGUUCACUAUCGGGAUGAGGUGAAACAUUUACUUCUGAUACAACGCUGGCUGCGGACAAAAACCAUCGGUUGCGAGACAGAGCAGGAACUGUUUGCGCCGUGGAGGAAGUAUCUGGCCCAGAUCGAUGACACCUUGAGUUGCGAGUGAGGUUUUUUUUCUCUUUAGGAGGUAUUUUGUUAACUUAACUUAACUUAAGACACUUCGAACAUUGCAAAUAAAUUGGUUUUUUGUUAUACA